AUGGCUAUGAGCGAGCCGGCUGUCGGCACGGACGUCCUCGGCAUGAAGACGACCGCCGUCAAGCGCGGCGACGAGUACAUUUUGAACGGGACCAAGAUGUGGAUCACCAACGGCGCCAUCAACGACACCGACUUGGGCGACACAUUUCUUGUGUAUGCGCGCACGGGAAACAGCGGCAACGCGCGCGAGGACUUCUCCAGUUUCAUAGUAGAAAAGGGCUUUGAGGGGUUUUCACUGGGCCAGCGCAUCAAGGACAAGUGCGGCAUGCGGGCGAGUAUGACGGCCGAACUCGUGUUUGAAAACUGCAGAGUUCCGGCGGAAAACUUGAUUGGCAAAGAAGGAUCGGCCGUGCUGUGCAUGAUGCGCAACUUGGAAAUCGAACGUGUGACCUUGGCGGCGAUGAGUUUGGGGAUUGCGCGGCGGUCGAUUGAAGUUAUGAAUGCUUAUGCCAAGGAACGCACUGCGUUUGGAAAGCCGUUGAACUACUUCGGUCAAAUCCAACAGAACAUUUCAACGUCAUAUGCGCAAUACAAGGCUGGACGGGCAUAUGUGUACGACACGGCGCGGUUGAUGCAAUUGGAUGCUGUGGGCAACCGCAUCGACACGGACGGUGUCAAGCUGUACUGCGGGGACAUGGCCAAGCAAGUAGCCGACCGGGCGAUCCAGACGUUGGGUGGGUAUGGGUACGUGGGCGAGUACAACGUGGAGCGACUGUGGCGCGACUCAAAAUUGCUCGAAAUCGGCGGCGGCACAAACGAAUCGCAUCACAAAAAUAUGAGUCGCGACCUGCUGCGUGUGGACCGGUUGUAA